AUGCCUUCCACGGAUGCCAUUCAGAAAUGCUGUGUUUACUUUCUAGCGGUUACUUACUUUUGUAUUCUUGUGUUGUCGCUUUGGACAUCAAAAUAUUCGAUAAUACCGUAUGUGAGCAAGUAUGUCGCUAAUAUUACAACGAAGCCACGAAGUUUAAUUAAUCGGUUACAGCUCCAUAGCAAACCAACCGAGUCUUAUCUGAAGUCAGACAAACGUGGAUACGUUGCUCUUGUGUACAGUGGUACUGCUCGAAGUUUUAGUGGAAAUUUUCUCAGUCACAUUGUUAAUCUCAUGGCUGGAUGCCCAUAUACUGUACAUUUAUUUCUUCAUACAUAUACGAAUGACAAUCGUUUUUCUCAAGAUGUAAAUCAUUCUGACUACGCUAGUUAUUUAUCAGUCAAUACAACUCUUGAAUACUACAAAGGCUAUGUUAAUCUCGAUAAUGAACAGGUCUUAUUUCAGAAUAUUGUGAAAGCAAAUGUAUUUGAAUACUUACCUUUAACAGCCCUACGAGACAACUAUAAAGAUACGUACAAUAUCUCCAUUAAUCGUUUUCCGGGUCAUCCACCAAUCCCAUCGAUUUAUUAUAUGUGGCACAGUCAACUGCGUAGUGAGGAGCUUCGUCAAAAGUACAUAGCUGCAUCCGGUAUUGACUACAAAUGGACAUUUAGAAUGCGUCACGAUGCAGUCUAUUAUACUAACUGGUGGCAACGAGCUUUUAAUAUACAAGUUUAUAAUUCUUCGAAUCCCAUACACCAACGCAUGAAAGAGGAUGUUACUAGCGAUUGGGCCAUUCGUCCUACCCUUCUGUACGACAUGAUCUAUGAACCGAGGCUUCGAGCAGAUAAUAUACUGUAUGUCCCGUUUGGUUGGUCUUAUGGUGGUUAUAAUGAUCAGUUUGCUGCGAUGUCCUCCGUGAAUGCUAAGCACUAUUUUACUCGUAUAUUACAUGUACGUCGCAUGCUAAAUGAAGAGAAAGUUCAUUCCGAAACUUCAAUACGCUUGGUAGCCCGUUGGAAUAAUAUGACCGUAAAUAAUGUCGAUGGUACUAUUUGUUAUGAGAUAGUGCGUGCAUCUCUAGAGCCUAGUCUACAACUCAUGCAAAGUGAUCAAAGAUACCAGUCUUGUAGUUACAAAGGCAGUGGCAAAGAAGAUUGUAAACUUUUGUGUCCAGUUCUUAAAAAGAUCAACAAUGCUUUGCAUAAAAUGUUUCCUCAUGACAGUACACUUAUUAGAAGAGGCAUUAAAAUAGAUGAUGAUAAAAUCAAAUCGUUACUGAUAAAAUAUCUCUCUGUCAUAAAUUUGAAUAGAACGCUUCAAAUUCAUUACAAUGAUUCAUCCUUCUACUACGUUCACCUAUAUGUUAUUUCAAGGUACGCAAAUGAUCCUUGCUUAAUCACAACAUGGACGGCAGAUCAGACCAGAAAUUACCUACUGCAAUAUUUGCCAUUCAUUUUACGGACACGAGAAAGAAACAAAGUAGAGAUGUACAAGAGAUAUUUGACAUGUGGUGUAUUGGAUAUUAUAUGA